CUCAUCUGCAUAUGAAUUGAUUUCUGUGUGCCUCUGACAUCCUGGACCUUCCUCACCUUUUACUCACCCUCUCCUUCUUUCCACCACUGUAUCACACUUUACCACUCCAGAACCCGCGCCAUUGACCAGCAUGGAGUCUCUCUUGCGCCAAUCGAGGUCUAUGUGCCCGUUCCUCCAUAAAACGUCCCCCGCCACUCUGCGCUCGCUCUCGACGACCGCCUCGACCCACCAUGUCUCUCCCAGUGCAGGCAGCAUGUCGAACCUCCAGGUGCUCGCCAAGCGCUGCCCAAUUAUGGGCAAGGCGCUUGCCGUCCAGAGUGCUCGCAUUGGCAACAACGCCCUCGCCGGCGCUUUCGGAGGCGCGCGUGCCUACCACUCCCGCGUCAAUCGAGCCAAGCUGCACACUUCUGCGGAUAAGAAGGCUCAGAUUGAGGAUUUGAGAAGCCAGCAGGGCUCUGUUCCUUACCCGCAUGCUGCUCAGAAGCCGGCAACCGCCAAGCCUACCCACGCCGGGGUAUCGUCUGCUUCCAAAGCCGCCCAGUUCGACUACGAGGGUUUCUACGAACAUGAGCUCGAUAAGAAGCACAAGGACAAGUCGUACCGCUACUUCAACAACAUUAACCGCCUGGCUAAAGAAUUUCCCCGCGCCCACAAGGAGUCUAAGGAGGACAAGGUCACUGUGUGGUGCUCCAACGACUACCUCGGCAUGGGGCGCAACCCGCAGGUGCUGCAGUCUAUGCACGAGACUCUGGACGACUACGGAGCGGGUGCUGGUGGCACCAGGAAUAUUUCCGGCCAUAACCAGCAUGCAGUGGCAUUGGAAGAUAGCAUUGCGAAGCUACACGCCAAAGAGGCCGCGCUGGUCUUUUCCUCGUGCUAUGUUGCCAAUGAUGCCACCCUGGCGACUCUUGGUAGUAAGAUGCCCAACUGUGUCAUCCUCUCCGACAGUCUGAAUCAUGCCUCAAUGAUUCAGGGUAUCCGUCAUUCUGGCGCAAAGAAGUUGGUUUUUAAGCAUAAUGAUGUCGCCGACCUUGAAGCGAAGUUGGCUUCCAUCCCCCCAGAGUGCCCCAAGAUUAUUGCUUUUGAGAGUGUCUACAGUAUGUGUGGGUCUAUUGGUCCAAUUGAAGAGAUCUGUGAUCUUGCUGAGAAGUACGGCGCAAUCACCUUUUUGGAUGAAGUCCAUGCUGUUGGCAUGUACGGACCACACGGCGCCGGUGUCGCAGAGCACCUUGACUACGAAGCCCACAAGGCUGGCAAGCCCAAGGGAACAGUUCAAGACCGCGUAGACAUUAUUACCGGCACUCUUGGAAAGGCCUAUGGCUGUGUUGGUGGCUACAUUGCUGGCUCUGCCAAGCUUGUUGACACGAUCAGAUCGCUCGCUCCGGGAUUUAUUUUCACAACGUCCCUCCCGCCCGCAACCAUGGCAGGAGCCAAGGCCGCUAUUGAGUAUCAAACCGAGUACCAGGGCGACAGGCGUCUCCAGCAGCUGCACACGCGUGCGGUUAAGGAUGCCUUGAGCGCAAAGGAUAUCCCAGUCAUCCCGAACCCGAGUCACAUUGUGCCUCUCCUCGUUGGCAACGCAGAGGUAGCCAGGAAGGCUUCUGACCUGCUACUCGAGGACUGGGGCAUCUAUGUUCAGGCCAUCAACUAUCCCACCGUCCCUGUAGGCCAGGAACGUCUCCGUAUUACGCCUACGCCUGGUCACGUGCGCGAGUACCGCGAGCACCUAGUUGAAGCUGUUCAAGCUGUGUGGGCGCAGCUGGGCAUCAAGCGCACCAGUGACUGGGCCGCCGAGGGAGGCUUCAUUGGCGUAGGCGAGGCUGGCAAGGAGGAUGUUGACCCACUUUGGACCGACGAGCAGUUGGGGGUCGAUGUGGUGUUCAAGGAGUUGAAGGCUGGCCAAGGUGCUACUGGCAUCUUGGAGGCAGUUCUUGAAAGCGAGCGCAAGGCUACCGCUCAGGUUGUCGCCGCGGCUGCUUGAGCUCUUGGAGUAUGAGCAGGUAGUGCCAUAUGUGAGAUCUGGAUAGCUGCGCACAGUAUACGACUACG